AUGGCCUUUCCCCCGUCAGCCGGUAGCCUCCCUCCCAGUGCAUACCAGCAGCCUGGGAGUCCCGACGACUCAACAGGGGCGCGGGUGACGGUGAACUCGAGCAGCAAUUACACGGCGUAUAUCCGGCAGCUGCAGAAAUACCCGUAUUUCGAGUAUAGCUGGGAUCAGCCUGACCCUGUGCCGGAGGAUCUUCUCCUGCUAUUCUCCGAGUUCCUAGAAAAAUACGGACUGGAGGACGUCGGAUACAAUGUCUACUACGGGGCGCAAGGCUUGUCCAACGUGUUGGAUCAGUUGACCGUCAACGUGUUCAAGAUCUUCGAUGGAUCCUUCAUCGAUGCGCUGCACGGCGGUGACGUGAAAGGCCUCCAUACCAACGGGGAGAUCUACACCAGGGUGGGCUGCACGGCUCGGGGCGGACGUUCUGUUCUCGUCGCAGUAGUGGCGGCCAGCCGGCCGGCCAACGGCACGGGGGUCCGGCUGGUGGUGCAGACACCCACCGGGCACAAGCUGAUCAUGGCGUCGAAGCUACUCGUCAGUAUCCCACCGCUCUUGAAGAAUAUGCAGCCAUCCGAAUCGACCUGA